UCUGUGAGGGAGCCUGGGGAGCGGUGGCCAGCGCAGUGCAGUGUGGCACCUCAAGCCCUAAACUCCUAGUCGAGAGCAAAAGACUUUUCUCCUUUGGGAAAAGAAUGCCGGGCACCAGCCAGCACUGGGGUUGACGCUGGGCUGGAAAGAACAGCAGCCUGAGCAGCUCUGGGGGGAGCUGGGUGUAGGUUCUGCCUGGUCUUUCCCUUUCCUGCCCCCCUGCCCUGCCCCCUUUGCCCUGUAAACAGACCACACUGUGCUGCUGCUGGUUUCUAGCCAGAUGGUGGUCCCUUAGGUUCCGAGAACUCGGUCUGCCUUGGUAUCUGUCAUGUGUCACCCCCUAGACUCCCAGGUGAAGGCGCCCCCCCUCCCCCCUCCCAGAGGGGCCAGCCUUUCCUGGACUGCUUUUCCCAGUGCCUCAAGCCACCAACCCCAGGCCCUGUCACAGCUCGAGGCCCACAACCUUCCCCCAUGUCUACCAAGGAUUGCUUGGCACUUGCUCUGUAGCAGGCUCUGCUUUGUGCAAUUUGUUCAGAAACGAGUACAGCACAGUUCUUGCCCCAGCUCCCAGCAAUCGGUGGAGGAGACGCAUGUAAAUGCAUGCAGUGCGCGGGUCGCUGCAGCGAGUGCAAGUGUGUGUGAAAAGUAGUCUAGACUCGGUGUGUUCCGGCUCAGGCUGACUGGGAAGGCUCACUGGUCAGGGAAGCCUUCGUUCAAGCAGGCUGUUAAGCUGGUAAAGCUCCAUCCGUUUUUUGAUGACAGACCCGGGGAAGAGGCCCUGUGUGCAGAAAGCAGCAUGUGUAGUGUGGCAGUGGCGUGAAGCCAAUGCUGGGCAGAGGGAAGUAGAGGGUGGGAACAGAGGGGAUGAGGCUAGAGAAGGUCAGGGCCAAAUCCAACAGGCCAUCAGCUACCAGGUGAGAAAUGGACCUGCCUCGGAGGCAGUGGGGAAGCUGCUUGGUGCAGGGUGGGCUGACGGGCACAGACAGAGGAUGGGUUCCGUGACGUCGCUAGUGGAGACCUAGAACAGUGGAUGGGGCUGAGUUAAGGCCAUGGCAGGGCGAUAGGCUUAGGAGUGGCCCAGGCAGGCCUUGGAACUGGUUGUAGAGAGGAAGAGGUGGCAACUUGGGGGCAAGACGAGUGAAGGUCGAGGGGUUUGGAGUUAGAGCGUCAGGGAGCUCAUAGUUCCCAGCAGAGGUGGGAUACAGAAGCACACUGUGGUGUUCAGGACACACAAGGAUGGAGGUGGUCAGUGAGAAGCCAGUGGGUGUGCUCCAAGCACAGGGAGCAGGUGUACUGCAGACUCCAGAGCUGCUUGGACUCGGGGGCUGGACCAGGAGCCAGGUUGGGAAACCUCUCUGGGCCUGAGGCACCUCAGCAGUUGAAGGAAGGGUUGGACCUGCCAACAGAUCUGCUGUCUUAGAAGCAACGGAGUUUCCCAAGUGCAGACCCCCAGCUCAGCCUCAGGUUCUGAUCCCACAGGUCUGGGUGGGGCCCAGAGUUUGUGGUUCAACCCAGCAUCGUGUGGGUUCAGAGCUUCUGCAGUGAGCCAGGUCAGCCCCACAUUAACAGAGCCGACAGGAACCAAAGACAGGGUCCCCCACUCAGCCACAGGCUGUUAAGAUUCUCCAGGACACUGUCUCAUUGCAUUUAUUCAUUCAACAAAUCUUUAUUGAGCACCCACUAGAUGUCAAGUACUGGGGAUCCCAUAGUCCCUCUGGAAACUUAUACUUGAGGAGCAGGUCCCAGCCUUUGCCCACAAACUUGCCCUCUGCCCAGGCUCUGGGGUGAUAGCAGGGCCUGUGGAGGCCCUGAGCCAGGCUGUUCAACCCUAUGGGGAGCUAAGUGGGAAGUUCCUCAGAAUGCGUCCCCCAGUGGGAUCUCGGAGCUGGCCAAGCUGAGUGACCACUCUGGGCUCUCCGGCCGGCAGGACCUUCCUGGAACGACUGAGCUGUUGGAGAGACGGUGGAGGUGGCCGGUGGUGGUAGCAGGAGGCUGAAUGGGAAUGGGUGGGGCUCUGGGGGAUGAGGAUUCAGUGACUGACUUUUGCUGAUGGCCUACUGUGUGCCAGACCUUGGAGACAUUAUGUAUGUGCCUUACCUCACAGAUGAGGAAACUGAGGCCCACAGAGAUUAGUGACGUGUCUACCUAGCAAGAGGCAAGGUAGGGAUUUGAACUGAGAGCUGACUCCAAAGGUCUAUGCCCACCUUGGGCAGUGGCACUAGAACAAGAUGUGAUUUGGCACCUGCUGACCUACAUCGUCAGUAAAAUCCAACGAAAAACCUCAGUGUAGAGGUUUCUGGCCUAGUCAGGAGCUGGUGCUGACGCUCAGCCCUGGAACUAAUGUCCUUUGUGAGGUGGCCCUGGAAGUUGGCAGCGGUUCCGUCCUGCUGGGGGAGGGGCAGCAGAAGCCGGGAUCCGGACCUGCGCAGGAGAUGGCUCUGUUCUCCAGGGCCGGGCUGAGCCUCUGCCUCCUCUCCCUCUUCCUGGCAGCUGCACUCCUCCACCCCCAGCCGCUGAGGCCUCAGCGAUCCAUUCCCGAGGAUUUUUCAGCCCCCUUGGAACUCUCACAGCCACUGUCUGACCUGUUGGAUGGUAGGAUCCCGCAUCCCUCCCCUUCCCUGCCUCCCCUCCCCUGAGGAGACAUGCCCUAGGGGAGGGCAUCCAGGUCCAGCCUCAGGGUCGUCUUAUCUCAA